AAUCAGGUUCAACUUGCAUCUGAGAAAAUCAAACAUUGGAAUAACGGGAUUGAGCGAUGGAAUGUAGAAAACAUGUCACUUUCAGCAUUUAAUUUGGACAAGUUUUCCUAUCAACGAAAGCCUUCGACAUGUUCUCGGCGCGAUCCUACCGGCAUUUCUAAUCAGCCAUGUGCAUCCACAAAUACUAAGUUCACUUUGAAUUCGCAGUCAGCACAUAGCUCGAGUUCUGAAAGGAAAUCAAGGGACUCUCCCUCGAGUUGUGAUAGCAAUCAAGGAAAUAACGAACUUGAAUCAUGUGCAGACGAUCCAAGUUUUACCGCUACAAUUUUUGCUAGCCAAGAAUUUGUUGAUGUCAUGGAUUCUCUAACAAGCGAAACUCGGGUACAGAUUGUCGAAGCUUUAACUUCUUCUUCAAAAGAAAACAUGAAUCCAGAGAAGAGGAGUUUUGAAGCAGGGAAUAAAAGAAAAAGACAUUACUUUAUGGAAGAUGAAGAUAAUGAAGAUAACAAUGAAGACAAGAAAAGAUCCCGCAAAUCUGAGGAAUUAGAAGACCUUGACACCAGCCAUAACUCAAGAAAAAACUCUGCUAGGAGAGAUGUGACUGAUGGGAAACAAGAAAUUCCUGAAGUUGUUUGUUUAACAGAUGAUGAAGCUGAAGAUAGUGAUGUUGUUCUGACUGAUUUCAUAGAUAUCAGUCAAAUUGAUGCUGGAGACAACAGUGAGGAGGACAGCUUCAGUGAAGAGGAGACAGUUACUAUUUUAUCCUUUUUCAAUGAUUGUUCUCUUCAAGAACUGGCAUCUGUUCCUGGUUUGUCCUCGAAAAAGGCUGAAAAGAUCAUCAAAAUGAGACCAUUUGACUCUUGGAGAGAUCUUGUUUCCAAACUGGACUCUGCAAAGAACUUAUCUUCAGAGUUGAUAGACAACUGUCAAAGCCUGCUUGAAGAGCGUAAAGCUGUUGAGAAGUUGAUGAACAAAUGUGAGAGCAUCUCCAACAAAAUUCAAGACAUGCUUAACUCAAGAUUAAGUGCUGGCAAGAGUGAUUCUUCAGAUCGUAAAAGAGGAGCUGUGAUAACAUCACAACCAAAAAUAUUAAAUAGAAGUCUUCAGCUGAAACCCUACCAGUUGACAAGUCUUAACUGGCUGGUUCUGAUGCACGAACAGGGAGUCAAUGGAAUUUUAGCGGAUGAAAUGGGUCUCGGAAAGACAGUUCAAGCCAUUGCUUUUCUAGCUUAUUUGUGUGAAUCUGGAGAGAAAGGCCCUCAUUUGAUUAUUGUUCCGGCGUCAACUCUUGAUAAUUGGGGCAGAGAAGCCAAGAAAUGGUGCCCAUCAUUAGAAUUCUUUUUGUAUUAUGGGAGUCAAGCAGAAAGACUUCAGUUGCAAUGCGAGGUGGAUUUAGCAGAACCAAAACCUGAUGUUUUCAUUACGACCUACACAGUCGCAACUGGUACAAAAGACGAUCGUUCCUUUUUAAGAAAACUAAAUUGUAAUUACGUAGUACUGGACGAGGGGCAUAUGUUGAAAAACAUGCAGUCACAGAGAUACCAGGGACUUAUGAAAAUGAAGGCCCGUCGUCGGCUUCUUCUAACAGGAACACCACUACAGAACAACUUGUUGGAGUUGAUGUCUCUGCUAAGUUUUGUGAUGCCGAGCAUGUUUGGUGAGAGUGUUCAGGGGAUUAAGAUGCUCUUUUCUAACAGCAAAAUGAAUGAUAAACCAGGGAGCAAUUACGAGAAAGCAACAGUUGCUCAGGCAAAAAGAAUCAUGAAACCGUUUGUACUAAGAAGGCUCAAGAAAGAUGUUCUACAACAGCUUCCUGCCAAACACGAUCUCGUAGUCAAGGUGGACUUGACGGAAGAACAGCGUCAGUUGUACAACGACAACUUUGUGAACUGUUCAAGACAAUUUAGGGAGUCGGAUGGCGGCUCACAAUACAGCAAUAUUUUGAUGUUACUUCGGAAGGCCGCCAAUCAUCCUCUUCUACUACGUAAUCACUUCAACGAUAGCAUACUACUGAAGAUGGCAAAGAAAUACUGCAAGGACCCCGUGCACCGCGAUUCUGAGCCGGAUCUGGUUUUCGAGGAUAUGACAGUGAUGUCUGACUUUGAACUACAUUGUCUCUGUCGAGAGGAACAGAGUUUGGCGGAUCAUUGUCUUAAUAAAGAAAUUUUGAUGAAAUCAGGAAAAUUUGAGUACUUAGAUACACUAUUACCCGGAUUAAAGGAAAAGAAUUGCCGUGUGUUGCUGUUUAGUCAGUUUACCAUGGUGAUGGAUAUCAUCGAGGUCUAUUUGUCGGACAGACGUCAUCGUUACUUGAGACUGGAUGGACAGACGGCUGUAGUAGAUAGGCAAAACCUAAUUGACAAGUUUAAUGGUGAUCCGGAUAUCUUUGUCUUUCUUCUUUCGACCAAAGCAGGAGGCCUGGGUAUCAAUCUAACGGCAGCAAAUGUUGUGAUCUUGCACGACGUUGACUUUAACCCGUACAAUGACAAACAAGCGGAGGAUCGGUGCCAUCGGGUGGGUCAAACCAGAUCGGUGACAGUGUAUCGGCUGAUUGGUAAAGACACUGUGGAGGAAGCGAUUCUCCACUGUGCGCAGACCAAACUUCGACUAGAACAAGAUAUGGCUUUAGCAGAUAGUGAUGAUACAAAAUUUGCCAAAGAUGUAUCAGAACUCCUUAGAGACGUGUUCACUUCAUCGUGAUGCACAAGUGCAAUCAAAUAAUUGCAAGUUGAGUCAGUAAAAGUUAAUUUGAGUGUGGAUAAAAUUGAAGUAGACAAUUCUAAUUUUUAGAGAAUGCUGUAAUCGUAGAAUUGAAGUAAUAAAAC